AUGCCGUCGUCAACUGAAAAUACAAAUGUAAUGAAACAAAAUGAACAUUACAACUUAAAUAGUACUCCUCAAUUAACUGCCGUCCAAAAAUCACUUCCCUUCAUUCAAAAAGCGGUCAAGGAAUAUCAAACAACUUCUUCCUCUACUACUCCUAGCCCAUUCACAAUUGUUGAUUACGGCUGCAGUCAAGGUGGUAAUUCUCUAAUUGCAAUACAAGAAAUUCUGUCUGCACUACGCCAGAAGUACGAUGGCGGCGGCGACGGAUCAUUUCCCGACGACUUUCUAAUCGUCUUCAAUGAUCUACCUACAAAUGAUUGGAAUACUCUUAUUAAAACCGUUGUAAAAGAAAGUCUACCAAAUAGACGUUGCUUCACUCUAGCUUCAGGCAGAUCAUUCUACGAACAGAUUUUGCCGUUGAAUACAGUUGACUUUGGCUAUACUUCAACUGCUAUUCAUUGGCUCUCGAAGAAACCGUGUAAUCUAUCGAAUCAAUGUUUUAGUUGCUCAGUUACCGAUAACAAACCAGAAGAAUUUCAGCUUUGGAAAGAGCAAGCCUGUGAAGAUUAUCGGUUAUUCUUGCAACAGCGAUCAAAAGAACUCAAGAAAGGUGCCAUUCUCCUAUGUAGUGGUCUUGCUCGUGACGAUGACAAUGGUCGAUGUCACGCAUUUAUCUACGAAAAUCUCUAUCAAUCAGCUGCUAUCGUACUAGACAAGGACGAACUAUUGAAUUUUAAUAUUGUUGAUUAUCAUCGAACAUUGGAUGAGUUAACCAAUCCGGAAACGUUGAAGGAAACAAAUUUUGAAUUAAUCUUAGCUGAAAUAGUCAAAUUGGAACAACCAUUAUUUGUAGGAUAUAAACAGGGAAUACUUAACGUCGAUGAAUUAGCAAACAAGUUUACAGAAUUCAUACGAAGUUGGUCAGAAUCAAGUUUGAAGAAUGCGUUGAGAAGUGACGACAGAGUGACGAUUAUUGAUCAAGUUUAUAAUGAAGUUGAAAGACGUAUGAAAACUCACGAGAGUUUAAAAGAAGUGGAAGAAAAUAUAAAUAGGACGUACUCAUAUGUGAUUUUAAGGAAAAUGUGA